AUGAUAAAAAUUGGUAUGUUACAUGAAUGGAGCGGUGAGGGUCCGCCAAUUGCCCCGUAUCAGGAAGCGUUGGGUGAGCGGCGAGGAUGGUACCGCGGGAUGGGGCCUAAACCUUCUUCCAACACGUCCUCGCACUCGUCAUCUAACAUGUCGUCUUCGCAAGCUCGGACGCAAGAACCCUUUUCCGAGGAUUUUGUUAACAGCUUGUUCCAAACCCCGUCAUUUUUGAACCAACUUAACAACUAUCUUGCUUCACAAGGAAAAGGAAAAGGAAAGUCAAAAGACUACGAUUCUGACAACUUAUUCGAUAAUGAAUCCGACGAUGAACCCAACGAUAACGAUGACGAUGAGUGACUUGUUUUUAAUGUAUGCUUUGGAUUUAAUUAAACGUUGUAGGAUAUA